AUGCAGGAGUACGGUGAGAUCGUUUGCGUGAUGGGCAGCUGCUUGAGCAUGGGAAAUAUGCGUUUACUGUCUCGCGGCGAUACCUGCAUUGCCCUUAGACCCGUUCUAUCACGUGUUUGUGGCCUUCAAAAGGAAACUGGCUCAUCUUCUGCAACCAUCUCCUGUAUGUCCGCUACUUCAUCUUCCUGUUCUUCUUUCUCUUCCUCCACUUCAUCCUCAAACUCCUCUUCUUCAAAUCUUGCGCCUCUCAACCAAUCAGUUUCUUCGGAUUCACUUAGAUGGGCUGGUCGAAAAAGCGCCAGUUCUCUACGCUCCUCAAUUGUCUAUAAUUCUCAAGCUAGAAAGCUUAUUUUGGCAGAGCCUUGCCUAUCUGCCAAUGAGGGUGAUAAUAAUUCGAAGCUCCUCUUCCAAAAUAGGAAUAUUGAUUCACAUCGCAUUCCAGGAGCUGCCUCAUCAGUGUCAUUUAUCAGUGACCAAUUGGCCGAAAACGAGGAACUUUUGAUGAGGCUGGAAGAAGAAAGCGCCGAAGUUGCAGAACGUAUCUUUCUCUCGGCUAGUCGAAGAUCAACUGCGAAAACAGUUGUGGGCGGACCCAAUGAAGCCUCUAUUCGCAUGCGAUUCGCUGAUGGAUCACAUCGGCAUGCACGCCAUCAGUGGUGCCGUUGGAGACUUUCGUUGGACACUGGUCGUAAGCGGCUCUCUUCUCACAAAGAGUGA